UAAUGGUGAAGAACUCUGGUGGGCUACAAAAUAUUAUACAAUUGAUCCAAGAAGUCUUGAAUUUAAAUAUUUACUUCAAUGGUAUAGAGAAAGUUAUAGUUUAAAUGUUCAAGCAACACAA